GGGAUUCAGUCGGGCAUCGCAGAUACACCAACAGCUUCGCUCUGGGAAGCGGCCGUUCACCUGCUCCGUGUGUGUGAAGAGACUCAUUCAGUUAAUCCACCUUGUGAUGCUCCGAAAAAGUUGGGCUUUGGAAGAUCGAUCCGGAGCAUCGAUCAGUGGCUCUCUCAGUGUGAAAAGGCUGUGACCGGUGGGGAGUUAUUCGUGUGUCCAUCCCUCGCCUGGGUUAAUAACUCCACCACAGAAGAACGGUAUCGUUUGUAGUGUCACAGUCGGUGACUUCCAAAGGAUUUCGGAGGACGAAGGGACUAUCGACGGCGUCAGCUUACCUGAAGACUCAAAACUCUCCCUCUCUCUCUCUCCAUCACUACCCGACUCAAUCCCACGAACUGAACCGAACUUCACUCAUCACCGUAAGACGGUAUCCAUUUACCCCGAGGCGUGAAGAAGCUUGGCUUUCCUAUUUACACACACACACACACACACAAUCAUUGAUAACCUGUUUGGUAUAUCUGCAUUUAUAUUGCGUAGUUACUAAGAAAGGGAAUGUAGAGAGAAGGCAAUUACGAAGAAUUCCACACACAUUCCACGCUGGGUGAACGAAAUAACAGUCGCCGAAGAUCUUAUCCGUCGAUUCGUUACGAAAUACACUUAGAAAUAUCACCAGGUGACAGUGACAGGAAUAUCGUCUUCAAGUGGUUACCACAGAACACCCCGAUUCCAGGUAAGGGCCGACAAAAGAGAUACCACAGGAUACUCCAGCAAAUCCACACAUAUGGAUGAUACGAACUGACAGUCACACAUCCGUUGUCUCUUACUCCGUGGGAUAGGAGAUUUCCCUUGAAUUUCACAGAAACAUUGAAAUCUACAACAUAUUACUGAUGCUUUGGCCCACAAUAUCGUACCGACCAUGUAACUUAGUCUCUUAACUGUCUAGAAUUACCCUACCGCAUAGCCACCUAUUUCCUAAGCUACAUGUACCUAUCUAAGCGUCUCUUAAAAGAUCCUAUUUUAUCCGCCUCUACCGACGCUGGCGGUGCAUUCCACACAGACAUCAUUCUCUGUUUAAAAAAAAACUUGGCUCUGACGCCUCCCCUGUACCUACCUCCAAGCAGCUUAAACCUAUUCCCCCUCGUGUUAGCCGUUUAUGCCCUGGGAAAAAGCCUCUGACUAUCCACACGACCAAUGCCUCUCAUCAUCUUAUACACCUGCAUGAAUUUCCUGCAUGAUUUUCUCCGGCUGAACAAGACGAUGAGCUCACUGUGGUUGUGACGUUGUUCAGGGCUCAGGACGAAGUUGGUUAAACUCCUUCUUACCCGCCCUUUUCAACGUUUUAGGUCACUCUCACUAAUUUCAAAGGUCUUCGCUUCGAACUGCUGGGUUGUUACAAUGAACAUCUGAAGUCUGACAGCAGACUAGCGAGUGAAUGGAGCAGAGUCAGAAACCAAGUUGCCAGUCAGGGAUUUGGGGCUCCAGAAAGAGAUGGGGCCUGGAGUUUACAAGGAGGAGGAAGAAGACAAACCGAACCUGCAGGAUGUGGCUACAAAUGAAAGAUCAGACACAUUUGGAAACUGCUUGAUUGAAAAAAAAGUGGUUAAUUUCUGCAAAAUACUGGAGGAAAUCAACAGAUCAGGCAGAAAAUGUGGAGAGGAAUAAAUAGACAACGUUUAGGCCGAGCCCCUUCAGCAUGCCUAGACUGUGUACUCCGCUGCUUAGUUGCUGCCUGAACUGCACCGUUCCUCCAGCAUUGUGUGUUUGUGUGUGUGUGUCUGUAUUUCUAGCAACUGCAGAAUCGUUUGUGUUUUAUAUCUUCAUUUGUAAGAGGGUUGUACUUCGGCAUUAGAUAAACAGAAUGCCUGUUGAUAUUGUUUUUGGGAGCCGCUUUCUACGUUAAAAGAGCUGCUGAGUUUUCUACACAGAAAAAACCCUGAGGUGUGGACAUAAAACCGGUGCUUGCAGGAACUUUUUAUGGCACCGUGAUUACCCAUAAAACCGUGCGUUUAAAAUUUCUCUGCCUCUGAACCACCAAUCAAAUGCGCAGGCGUCAAGGUUGUUGACGUAUUUAGAUCGCAUGCGCGCAGUACACAAAAGGACUCAGCAGGAGCGUUCAAGGUCAGAAUGAAUCUACGGGCGGCUAUCUUAAACACCGAGUGUGGAACAAUUGCUCUGAUGCCGGACACCGUGACCCGCAAUCCCGGGACAGUCCUGCUGUCUUCCCCUUCUCUCAGCCCCAUGAUCCGUACACAGGCCCUGGGAAGCUUCCGGUUGCUGAGGGAAUGGGAACCGAUGGAUCUCUCAAACAGAGCUGAGAUCCAGCUAUUUAAAUGCAAGGAUUAGGAACUCGGAGAAAGGGAACAAAAUCUUUUACAUCACCAGUUGAGAAAAUCUUCUUUGUUCUACCUCCAAUCACAAACAAGAGAAAACCCGUGGAGAGGGCACAGUUUUAAGGUGCUUGAAAGCAGGUACGAAGGAGAUGUCAGGGGUGUUGUGUUCUUUAUACGGACCGUGGGUUACUCAUAACAAACUAUAUUAGGGAAGAAUUGACCUUUUAUUUAACAGCAACAAAACCACGUUUUACACUGCCAUGCUUCUCGAUCAUUCUUCAUUUCUGCGCAUUCUCAGAACUCUGUCCAGUCACGUCCUGGCACGUGAUAUCACCACGAGGGGUGAGUUUCUUUACGCAGAGUGAUGAGUGUCUGGAAUGGGCUGCCGGCGACUGUGAUGAAGCCGGAUGCAAUCGUGUCUUUUAAGAGGCUUCUGGUACAUGGUGCGCAGAAAAAUAGAGGACUAUGGGAAACUCUAGGUAAUUUCAAAAGUUAAAAACGAGAAGGAAUUUGUCUCCACGAAUCUCAGAUACGGCACGGCAAUUUUGCUGUCUCUGUCUGGAUAUUUAAGAAGUGGAGCAAGGGAUUCAAUCGACCAUCCUUCCUGCUCAGACUGUGGGAAUGGUUUCACUCGGUUAUCUCAGUUGAAGGUGCAUCAGCAAGUUCCCACUGGGCAGGGCUAUUCAUCUGUUCUGUGUGUGAGAAAGGGUUCUGUCGGGCAUCCCACCUGCGGACAGACCAGUCCGAUCACACUGGGCCGAGGCUGGUCAUCUGCUGAAUUUCAGGGAAGGGAUUCUCUCGGUCAUCUGACCAAAUGGCACACCAGCAAGUUCAUACCGGGAAGCGGCCAUUCACCUGCUCAGACUGUGGGAAGGGAUUCACACAGUCAUCCACACGACAGAUUCAUCAGCGAGUUCACACUGGGGAGAAGCCAUUCACCUGCUCAGAAUGUGGGAAGGGAUUCAGUCAAUCAUCCAACCUACAGAGUCACCGGCGAGUUCACACAGGGGAGAAGCCAUUCACCUGCUCAGACUGUGGGAAGGGAUUCACGCUGUCGUCCCACCUUCAGAGACACCAUCGAGUUCACACUGGGGAGAAGCCGUUCACUUGCUCGGUCUGUGGGAAGAGAUUCAGUGAGUCAUCUGACCUACUGGUACAUCAGCGAGUUCACACUGGGGAGAGGCCAUUCACCUGCUCAGUCUGUGGGAAGGGAUUCACUCAGUCAUCCAACCUACUGGUACAUCAGCGAGUUCACACUGGGGAGAAGCCGUUCACCUGCUCAGUCUGUGGGAAAGGAUUCACACUGUCAUCCCACCUACAGAGACAUCUGCGAAGUCACACUGGAGAGAAGCCAUUCACCUGCUCAGAAUGUGGGAAGGGAUUUACACUGUUACCCCACCUACAGAGACACCAGCGAGUUCACACUGUGGAGAAGCCAUUUACCUGCUCAGAAUGUGGGAAAGGAUUCACUCAUUCAUCCAUACUGCAGAUUCAUCAGCGAGUUCACACUGGGGAGAGGCCGUUCACCUGCUCAGACUGCGGGAUGAGAUUCACUUGCUCAUCUAAACUGAAGGUACAUCAGAGAGUUCACACUGGGGAGAAGCCGUACACCUGCUUAGACUGUGGGAAGGGAUUCACUCAAUCAUCCAACCUACUGGUACAUCAGCGAGUUCACACUGGGGAGAGCCCAUUCACCUGCUCAGUCUGUGGGAAGAGAUUCACUUGCUCAACAAAACUGAAGGUACAUCAGAGAGUUCACACUGUGGAGAAGCCGUUCGCGUGCUCAGUCUGUGGGAAAGGAUUCACCCAGUCAUCCAAACUACAGAAUCAUCAGCGAGUUCACACUGGGUAGAAGCCGUUCACGUGCUCAGUCUGUGGGAGAGGAUUCACUCAGUCAUCCCAAUUACUGGCACACCAGUCAGUUCACAAUGGAGAGUGGCUGUUGUUAUGAAUCCCUGGGUUUUGUUUGCUGUGGACUGUCAUUUUAAGAGAGAGACAGAUUAAGAAGGUGAAUCAGUCUGACUUGCAGCUUGUUUACAUUGCUCACAACUUGUUUAGUUUUAACUGAGGACACAGACACUCAGAGUCAGACGGAGACGAAGGAGGAAAAAUGGAAGGAUCGAAAUCAGGGAACUAGAGGCCAAGGGUCAAUCUUUGGAACUUUCCUAUGCCCACAAGGGUGGGUUAGUUAUCGAUUCAUCGUACAUCGAACGUGUGGUGGUCACCUCGUUUGAUCCAUAGGAGUGGAUCUGAUUUGGGGUAUCAUGUGAAGACCACUGAUGUGUUAACCCUUGCCUGGGUGUGGUGACGAUACCCCUUGUGACAAUUUGCUUUUUGUGAUAAUUCGUAUUUGGAUUUGGAAUGACGAUGGAUAAAAUCUACAGCGAUUAUUCUCUCGUUUUACCACCAUGGAACCUGUGGAAUUCGACAUAAUUGCCUUCUCUUGACAUUUACCCCGGAUUACAAAUAUCUCCCUCAUCACCUAUUCCGUGGAUGAACUGAGCUUUCAUACUUUACUAUCUCAAGACUCCAAGCCUUGUUUCCCCCGUGCUCAGUAGUUUGGGAGUUAUAUUUACACACAUUUAUUCACAUAACACUGUUAACUUCUGUUUAUCUUGUUUAAGUUACAAUAUUAUAAGUAGUUAUUAAUAAAGAUAGUGGUUUUAACAUCAAAACCAGACUCCAGGUGUAGUCUAUUGCUGCUGGUUUGUUUCUAAAGCGUUACGGUUCAUAACAAAAUUGCAUCCUGCGUCCGGGAUAUGAACAAACUUGGGGAAAUAUUGAUCGAUUAAUUAUCGAGUUGAUUGGGGUGAUCCCUUUUGAUUUAUUUGUGUGUGGAAAUCAGCAGCAAUGGAUAUUUAUAUAAUUCUGGAAGCACCAACCCCUGAGGUAUUAGGAAAAGCUAAAAAGAAUGAAUUGCUGACGAUUGAACCUCAAUGAGGUAAGGGGGUGUGAAGGAGCAGGGUAAGCAUAAAACUGGGAGAGCAGGUAAAGGUGAAAAAAAUAGGGGUUUUAUUACCCAAAAUGUUUAUAAACUCAACAGAACUGUUCUAGAGUCUAAACUUGAAUCAGCUAAACAGAACAAAACUGGGUUACAACAAUGCAGCGAAAUACUCCUCAGACCUAGAGACACCACUCAGCUCCUGGCUGUGGGCUUAUAUUGGAUGCUGGCCAUUCAAUAGUAAAUUGCAUGGGACAGAAAACAUUCCCCUCCUUUAAAAGAUAUGCCAUAAAUGACGUAGCUCCAGAGAACACCCCUCUGGCUGUAGCAGAAUCCAAUUAUCCAGCCCCAUCUACAUAGGCUGGUGUCAUGCAGCCACUGAGUCGUUUCCCAGGUUAUCAGGAGGACGGUCGGCUACAGGACACUUUAAUAGGCCCGGCUGAUGGUGCGGCUGCGAAUUGCAGACGCCACAGGGGACUAUGAGAAAGCCAGAAAUUCAGAGGAAAAUAGUUGAGCACUAUAUAUCUAUGAAGGUAUUUGAUAAGGAAGUGUUAAAGAGGUUUCCUGUGAGUAAAGAGGAGAUCCAGUU